CUUAUGUUUUUGCAUUCAGCUGCAUGUAGCUUACAAAUUCCCGCAAUGGUUUUCGCUCUUGUGCUAUUACUUGCGGGGGCAGCAGGCCUUCCCGCGCUGCUGGCGCAGCAGGCUUCGUAUACGCCCCCAGCGGAUGGCAGCGUUCCUAAGAUCGUGCAUCAUAUGCAUGGCAACAUUUCCAUGCUCAGCCCUGUGCAGGCUGCGCUUCGAGAGCGAUGCAUAGAGCUUAAUCCCACCUGGACGUUCAUGUUCUGGGACGAUGAGAAGCUGGUUAACUUCAUCAAGACCGAAUUCACUUGGUACUAUCCCAAGUGGGCAGAGAUUGAGCCAUUUAUCAAGAAACUAGACACGAGCAGGUAUAUGCUGAUGCACUUCUACGGCGGCAUAUAUUUGGACGUGGACGUGGAGUGCGUCACUCCCUUUGACAGCCUGGUGGAGCCGCUGUCGCCGCACGCGGCCUGGAUGGGCGACUACCCGGAGCCCAUGUUCCUCAUGUCCUCGGCCCGCGCCACCUUCUGGCUGUACGCGCUGGACCGCAUCGCGCGCGUGUGGCGCCACCACGACGCCUGGCACAGCACCGGGCCGCAGGGCCUGAACGCGGCCGCUGUGGACUGGGUACGGCGCUGGGGCGUGGGCGUGCUGGUGCCCUACCGCACCCGCCGCGCCGAGCCCGAGUUCACAGAGUACAUCAAGACCAAGAACAACACCGUGCCCUGGUACCAGCUGUCGGACCGGGUGAUGCGGCUGACGCCGCCGGGGCCGGGCGAGCCGCCGCUGCCGGCCGUGUGGUACAGCGGCACGGGCGUGACGCGGCUGGCGCAGCUGGGGGAGGCGGGCGUGCAGGCCCUGCCCGCCAUCCCGCCCAGCAACGCCUCCGCGCUGCAGCCGCACAUGUCCAUUGGCUUCCUGGCCAACGAGCUGCUAGACCCGCCCGGGUGCGGCGGGCCGCAGCUGGAGGCCUGCAAGCAGUCCUGGUGCAACACCACCUGGCCGCUUGCCUACGUGGUGCACCACUGCAUGAACACCUGGCGCGGCCGCAUCGGCACCACACGACUGCUGCUGCGGCGCCGGCAGCUGCUGAUGGGGACAACAGCGGGCGGGAGCCGCCUUGGCGAGGAGGAGGAGGAGGAGGUGGAGGAGGAGGUGGAGGUGGGAGGAGGAGGAGCCAGCAGCAGCAGCGGUGGCAGCGGCCCAGUAGAGGAGGAGGAGGGGGGUGCGGAGCUGGAGGUGGUGCAUGGGACCCUGCGGCGGCUGCUGACGAAGGAGGCGGCGGAGGCGGGAGGAGCAGCGUUGGCGGUAGCGGCGCAGGAGCGGCGGAGGCGGCAGCAGCAGCAGCAGCAGCAGCAGCGCCUGCAAGGGAGUGGGGAGGGCGCGGCGGGCGAGCAGUGGGCGGUGGAGGAGGUGCGGGUGUACGGGAAGGCGGGGACGGCGUGGCGGCGGCGGGCGGUGGAGGUGGUGGACGGGGAGGGGGCGGUGGAGGGGGCGGGGUCGUGGCUGGCGGUGGAGGAGCGGCGGGUGCAGGGGGACGCGGCCACAGCCUGGCGGAUGCAGGAGGUGAAGCGGGUGGGGGCCGUAGCAGGGGCGGAGGCGGCAGUAGCAGGGGUGGAGGCGGCAGUUGCAGGGGCGCAGGAGGGCGGGAGAGGCACGACCCGCCGCACUCGGCGUGAGCGGCGGCGGCGUGCAGCUGUGCAGGAAGAGGUGUAGGGUGGGGUAUGGCUGGGUCGGGAGUGGUAUAAUGGCUGGGUCGGGAGUGCUAUGCACACACGUGGGGUAGCCAGUCGGACUUGAAGCGGGCAGGAUGGAUAAAUUGGUGGGCAGCCAGGAUGUGUAUGUGUGUGUUUUAGUAACGGAACGAAAGCAUGCGCACGUGUGUGCAUUCGGGUGCUGCGCUGCUGCAUUGGGCGCGCGGCGGACUGCGUGUGGCGGGCUGCCACAGCCUGUGGGCCCCGCCCCCGUUCUUCACACGAACGGCUACCCCCCGCUAGUUUGGCUCAUUCGCAUUGGGUUUGGUGUGGCUAGUCUGGUGGACCGGUGGAAUGUGCGUGGGUGCUGCUGUGGGCGUGUGGGAUUGGCGCUGGCGAAGGGUAGUGGUGCGUGUGCAUCGCCGCCCUACGAAGAGCUACUUGCAGCAGGUGGGAAUGAAGGAUGCAUGCAGCUGCGUGGCUCGGGAGUGUUGUUAAAUGUGUUACAGCUUGGAUCG